AUCAGAGCGAAUCCGCAUCCGCAUGCACCGAGAAAAACGUCAUCUUGUCUCGUGCGCGUGGUUUGUACUGCGCCUGUCUGAUUGAAACCCGACCAACACAAGAGUCGCUUUCUCUCAUCUGUCCACGAGCGUAAUUCACAGUAAUUGCCCUCAUUAAAGGUUUGCUCGAGAGACUUUUGAUCUCGCAACCUAUCCCGGGUCUUUUACGCGAAACCGCGUCUAUGCGUAAUCCGCGAAUUUUGUGACGUAAAGAACUGAUUCUGUUCACGAAGCGGGAAUGCGAGUGUUUUAUAACAACUCGACGAGAAACGCGAAGUGAUCGCGCUUGUGUGCUCCGCUCCGCUUGGUCUGGAGAUCGCGAUGGACCAGCCAGUGCGAUAAAAAAUCCGCUGACGACAUUCGAUUUUCUCGGAAACAAUAGGAUUCUCCCGACGUCAUGACGCGUCUACGAGGUAGAGCCUCGUUGAUGGUCAUCGUGACCAUCAGCUUUAUUUUGCUGAUUGUCAUAUACCACAUACUGAGCAACGAGAUUGAUGAGAUAUCGUCAGGCAAGGUCGGCACUCGACUGAGAACAGAAGAUAUGUAUUCUCCAGGUGAACUCACGGACAACCCUGCCGAUGGUAUUCCGCUGUUCAAGGGCCACAAGAUUGUUCAUCUAGACCUGAAAGGUGCUCCACCGAAGAUGAGUUAUUAUAACUAUCUAUUUCCUUUGCUGCGGAAGCUAGGAGCCACUGGUAUACUUAUAGAGUAUGAGGACAUGUUCCCUUUCGCAGAUAGUAUCAAGGACAUUUGUGCUGGCAAUUCUUAUUCCAGGAAAGAUAUUGUACAAAUUCAACAUAUAGCAAAGAAUAAUCAGCUGAUUGUUAUACCAUUGAUACAAACCUUUGGUCACAUGGAAUUUGUUUUGAAAUUGGAUAAGUAUAAAGAUUUUAGGGAAGUUCCACAUUAUCCACAAGUAUUGUGUCCUACGUACAAUAAAACACUUCCAUUGUUAUAUGAAAUGAUAAACCAAGUUGUAUCUGCACAUCCAGCAUCAAAAUAUCUACACAUAGGUGCGGAUGAAGUUUAUCAAAUAGGAGAAUGCUCAAGAUGUUUAGAUGUUAUGUCCAAAAAACAAUGGGGCAAACGACAGCUAUUCCUGGAUCAUGUCUCCACAGUAGUCAAAUAUAUUAAGGAAAAAUAUCCAGCAUUAACUGUACUUAUGUGGGAUGAUGAAUUUCGUGAUAUAUCGCCACAAGAAAUUAUUGACAGAGGCUUGCACUUGACAAUAGAACCAGUUAUUUGGAAAUAUACUACCGAUCCUGGUACGACGUUAACUGAUCAACUGUGGGAAAGUUAUGCUGCGGUAUGGAAGCAAGUCUGGGUUGCAACUGCAUUCAAAGGAGCUACUUCACCAGAUAGAUAUUACACAGACAUUUCAUAUCACAUGGAGAACCAUCAAGGUUGGUUAGAAAUCGUUCAUCGAUACUCAAAUCAAAUUACAUUUAAAGGUAUCAUGUUAACUGGAUGGCAGAGAUACGAUCACUUCAGUGUUCUUUGUGAAUUAUUACCAGUGGGAUUACCAUCUCUCGCUAUUAAUUUAGCUGUACUACAAGCAUCAGAUUUAAAUGGCUUCCCUGUAGAAGUACCUGCUCAUAUAGCUGAAAUUUUACAAUGCGAUGGUGUGAUUUCAUUGAGCAUACCAGAACCACAGUAUGGUUGGACCAAGUGCAGUUUCCAUGGAAUGUCAGUAUAUGCAGCUAUUUUACGUCUUUACUCUUUGACGCAAGAAGUAAUGAAAAUGGAACAGGACAACACCUAUAAGGGUUGGUUAAAACCGUACAAUAUCAAGUAUUCUUUUGCAAGCCCUAGUUAUGUCGAACGUGCAGUCACUGAUUUGGAUCGACAUAAAAUGGAAAUAAUGUAUAUUGAGAAAGAAAUGCGUUCAGCCAUGGAAGAUAUUUAUGAUAAUUAUACAAUACAAGAAUGGCUAGACACAUACACUGCACCUUUAAACGAAAAACUUAAUCAAUUGUGGGAAGCUAAGGAAAAACUUUUAGAAAAAAAUACAUGGCCAAGAAGACCUCUCACAAAAUCUGACUUAUAGUGAAAAACAUAAUUUUUUCUUUGAAUAAAGUAGGUAAAGAUAUUCAUCAUGUUCUUUGUGAUAUAUGGUAAGAGACUGAGAAUUUUAUUAAAACAAUAAGAGAAAAGAACAAACGAAAAAUUUUUUAGCAAUUAAUUUUUAAAAAUGGCGUGGAUAAUCAGUGAAAUAUAAAAGUUUCAAACUUGUAAUUUUACAACUUGAACAAUCGUUGUAUAGAGUAUGUGAUAACGUAAUUUGAUAUAAAGGAGAAAUCAAAUCAUAUUAAAUGCACCGUCCGUAAAUUAAUAGAUUUUACUUAUUUUGAUAAAAAUUAUUUCAUUAUUUACUAGAAAUAAAUAUUCUAAUGUAGAUCACACCAUCAAUUUUAUCAUUUUCAUUAUUUAAUGAACUAACAAAUAUUCUAAUGUAGAUUACACCAUCAAUUUUAUAAUUUUGAAAUGCUUUGAAAUUAUGUAUAUAUAUAUAUAUAUAUAUAUAUUCUUUCUCUUUGACUCUAAAAGUUUGAAAUGCAAAACUGAUUUGAACAAUUUAAGAUAGGCGGUGUAGAUAAAAAGAGAGGUAGAUAGUCAUAUUGAUAAAUAUGUUUUAAACAAUAAUUUUUUGCAAUAUUAGAAUUAUAAAAUUCUAAUUUAUUG